AUGGAGAAGGUCCAAUAUAUAACCCGCUCUGCUCUGAGGAGAGCCUCAACUAUUGAGGUCAACCCACAAGCACGCCAAAGGCUCCAAGAGCUCUUUGUGAAUUUCUGCCUGAUUUUAAUUUGCCUCUUGCUGAUCUGUAUUAUUGUGAUGCUCCUCUGAAGUUCCAGCACUUCUCUGCACUGUCCUCUAGGAGAGUCACCCCAGAGGGAAGAGAGACCUACACCCGCAACUCCCAAUGCAAGGAUCCUCUUGUGAGAGGGGCUAGCACUUGGACUAGAGCUGUAUGCCAACCAUCGCAUUAUUCUCUU